GCAGUCUGUCAGGCUGUCUGAUCACAGAGGAAGGCUGUACUUCUCUGGCUUCAGCUCUGAGCUCCAACCCCUCCCAUCUGAGAGAGCUGGACCUGAGCUACAAUUAUCCAGGAGACUUAGGAAUGAAGCUGCUGUCGGCUGGACUGAAGGAUCCAGGCUGGAGACUGGACACUCUCAGGGUGGAUCCUGCUGGACUCCAAUGGUUGAGACCAGGUCUGAGGAAGUAUUCCUGUCAACUCACAAUCAACACAAACACAGUGAACACAAAGCUCCAACUGUCUGACAACAACAGGAAGGUGACAUAUGUGGAGGAGGUUCAGCCAUAUCCUGAUCAUCCAGACAGAUUUGAUGUUUAUGAACAACUGCUGUGUAGAAAUGGUCUGACUGGUCGCUGUUACUGGGAGGUCGAGUGUAGCGGAAGAGUUGAUAUAUCAGUGAGUUACAGAAGAAUCAGAAGGAAAGGAAACAGUUACGAUUGUUGGUUUGGAAACAAUGAUCAGUCCUGGAGUCUGUGGGGUUCUGAUGAUGGUGCUCAUUCUGUCAGUCAUGGUAAAAAAACAACACCCAUCUCCUCCUCCUCCUCCUCCUCCUCUUCCUCCUCUGUCUCUAACAGAGUAGCAGUGUAUGUGGACUGUCCUGCUGGCACUCUGUCCUUCUACAGAGUCUCCUCUGACACUCUGAUCCACCUCUACACCUUCAACACCACAUUCACUGAAACUCUUUAUCCUGGGUUUUGGUUCUGGUCUCCUGGUUGUUCAGUGUCCCUGUGCUGAGUUGAGUGUAAAGAGUGUCCUCCUGUUAGAGAAACACUCUGACUGUUGAACAGAUAGUUCAGUCUGUACAUGUCUGUCUCUUUCACUCACACAUGUAAGGCCAAGAACUAACAUGGGUUAGCAGAUCUGCCGAAGACUCAUUGUGAGCUCUGGUCUUAUAUACAGCCAGUCAGAUUGCCACCAGUUGGGAAUUCAGGGAGGAGCAACGAGAGCUCCCCCAGAGGAGGAGAGCCGAUGCUGUGGAAAAUUACUGUGACUUAACCAGACCAUGACAUAAAGACCGGAUAGUGUUGGGCAAGUUACUUUGAAAAAGUAAUUCAUUAUAGUUACUAGUUACUUCUUCAAAAAAGUAACUG